CACAUAACUGAUGUUUUGAGAAAUUUUCUUUCUAUAUUUAACAUUCCCUCUUUAUAAAUUUCAUUCCUUUUAUACAUUGCACUCGUUUGAGUUAUUCUUGAACUCGGUUCUUCUUUUUCCGUUUGUUUCCCUGGAAAAUAAGCGAAGGGAAAAAGAAUAGAAUUGGAUAAAAGGAGCAAACUUUGAUUCUAGGUAAAAUUUGAGAGACAUAUACCUUGUGAAUACAGAUACAUUAUCACUACUCAGAGCCUUUAAGAUACAAGCAUACUUAGUCUUAUGAAGAGAAAAUAGGGAAGAUUCUGAGAGUAGAAAAAAUAUGUCUUCACCAAGCAAAGCUGAUAGGAAGGCAGCACUUGAUGCAGCCUCAUGGAUGUUCAAUGUUGUCACUUCUGUGGGAAUAAUCCUUGUCAAUAAAGCAUUGAUGGCUACCUAUGGUUUUAGUUUUGCUACAACGUUAACAGGCCUGCAUUUUGCCACGACCACCUUGUUAACUUUUGUUCUUAGGUGGCUGGGAUAUAUCCAGGCAUCUCAUCUACCGGUUUCUGAGCUUCUGAAGUUUGUUUUAUUUGCUAACUUCUCUAUUGUUGGAAUGAAUGUGAGUUUAAUGUGGAAUUCAGUCGGAUUUUAUCAGAUUGCAAAGUUGAGUAUGAUCCCAGUAUCUUGUUUUCUGGAAGUUGUCUUGGACAAUGUUCGGUAUUCAAGGGACACAAAGCUUAGCAUAACAGUAGUCCUCCUUGGUGUUGCAGUCUGUACUGUUACAGAUGUGAGUGUCAAUACCAAAGGAUUUAUAGCUGCAGUAGUGGCAGUUUGGAGCACUUCCUUGCAGCAAUAUUAUGUACAUUUUCUUCAAAGGAGAUAUUCUCUAGGAUCUUUCAACUUAUUGGGGCACACUGCUCCAGCACAAGCUGCAUCUCUGCUGGUAGUAGGGCCCUUUUUGGACUAUUGGUUGACACAUAAAAGAGUUGAUGCCUAUGCGUAUAGUUUCACAUCUGUGUUGUUCAUAGUCCUCUCAUGCAGCAUCGCAGUAGGGACAAACCUUAGCCAAUUUAUCUGCAUUGGCCGAUUUACUGCUGUGUCAUUCCAAGUACUCGGUCAUAUGAAGACAAUUCUCGUCCUGAUUUUAGGAUUCAUUUUCUUCGGGAAAGAAGGUCUUAAUGUUCAAGUAAUUGUAGGCAUGAUCAUUGCAGUAGUUGGAAUGAUCUGGUAUGGUAAUGCCUCAUCCAAGCCGGGAGGGAAGGAGCGCCGCAGUCUUUCAAUGAACGGCAAUAAAGCACAAAAACAUGAUGGGUUAUCAAAAUCCUCUGAGGUUGAUGAUAAGGUCUGAGCUUAUUUCAGUUGAGGAUCUGAAAGCAAAAAGGAAAAGAAAAAAACAAAAACAAAAACGACAAGAAAUGAAUUGAGCACAUCUUAGAUCAGCUGAUUUCAGGAAUCUCUUUUUAGACCAGGGAGGUCAUGAUCCCCCAGCUACUAUAAUUUUAUUUUUAUUUUUUCUUUCCAUCAUAGAUUAUUUUCUUGGUUCUGUGGAAUUUCAGGUUAAGGAUGAUGGCUAUUGAGUGAGAUGCAAGUUAUAAAAUAAACUCUUACAUUGUCCAGUCAUUUCUAAUAGUAAUUUAUUUUUCCCAAGUGAAUUUCAAACCA